AAAAUAAACAGAAGAAAAGUUCACGCAUAAAAUAAAAGAAAUCGAAAUCGAAAGAUAACAAGAUGACGCGACGGCUUUGUGUUGCUGCGCUUGGAUUUCUACAAAUCGUGGCUAUGGUAUAUGCGGCGGGCCACUAUUCAGUUAUUGGACCCGGCACUAUUCGUUCCAACUUCAAAUACAAUGUCGCUGUAUCUGUGCAUAAGGCUGAGGGACCCUGCAAAAUCGAUGUUGCCAUUACAGGUCCCUCGUACAAUGAGACAAAAACCGUCGAAGUGCAGCCAAUAUCUACGGAAAAUGUGGAAUUCAAUGUGCCCACACUAAAAGAGGGCGACUAUAAUCUUACGGCAAAAGGUGUUUCUGGCAUUACUUUUGAAAAUUCGACGAAGCUGAAUUAUGCCGACUACAAACCCGCUAUCAUACAAACUGAUAAGGCCACCUAUAAGCCGGGCGAUUUAGUGCAGUUUCGUGUGCUAUUUUUGGAUGCUAAUACACGUCCAGCCAAGAUUGAUAAGCCCAUUACAAUACUGAUUAAUGAUGGCGCACAGAACCGCAUCAAACAGCUGAAAGAUGUGAAGCCGACCAAGGGUGUUUAUACCGACGAAUUUCAGCUCUCCGAACAACCUGUGCUUGGCAAUUGGAAUAUCGAUGUACUCAUCGAUGGCCAGAAUCCAGAAACGAAAUCCUUUGAGGUGGCCAAAUAUGUAUUGCCCAAAUUCGAAGUAUCUAUUGAGACUGCCAAAGAUGUGGCCAUUCCUGAUGGCGUCAUUAAGGUGACCGUACGCUCAAAGUAUACCUACGGCAAAGCGGUAAAAGGCAAGGCAUCGGUUUCGAUUAAACCAAUAUAUCACUAUUAUGGCAACAACGAUCACAUGGAAGCAAAUAAAACUAUCGAUGUCGAUGGCAAGGGUCAUGUAGAAUUUGACUUGACUAAAGAAUUAGGCAUAUCUAAAGAACACAGUUAUGUGCCGCCACUUAAAUUAUUGGCCAUCAUGGAAGAGGAACUCACGGGGAAUAAACAAAAUGCGACUGCAACAGUUAACUUACACGCGGAACGUUAUCGCAUUGAAGGCGUCGAUGUACCAUAUACCUACCAUCCGGGUAAACCGAUAAAAAAAACUGUUGUUGUAAAGAAUGUGGACGGCUCGCCGGUGCGCGACACAAAGAAUAAGGCAAAAUUGAUUGUAGAUCCACCGCGUAACUAUAUCCUCCGUGAUUUCCGUGGCGAACCGAAUACUGAGGCCACAACUGAAAAGCCAGAAGAUAUGACUUUGGAAUUUGAGCCGAAUUUGGAUGAACACGGUAUGGCAUCUUUUGAGUUUACGCUACCCGAAACUGACCGAUACUUCUCGAUUAAAUGCCAAUUUUUGGAUACAUCAACGUACCUGAAUUAAAUAUCGAAAUUUAUACAAACCAUUGAUGCGCCGGAAUUGUUGAAGUUGACAGUGAAUACGGAAAAGCCACGUCUUGGUAAACCCGUUACAGUUGAAGUGAAAUCCAGUGAAAGUAUUCCAUACUUUGUUUACACCAUUGUGGCCCGCGGCAAUAUUGUUAAGUCGGAACACGUAGACGUGCCUGAAGGACGCAAGUCGCAACUCAUUAAAUUCUUGCCAACUUUUGAAAUGGCGCCGAAAGCAAACUUGUACGUUCAUUUUGUCUUCAAUAAUAAUUUAGUAUUUGAAGAGAAGUCUAUCGCAUUCGAGAAGGAAUUCGAAAACUCGAUUCUAAAGGGAAAUAUCACUCGCUUAUUUCGUAUUUAUUUAAACUCAAUAGAGGUUGAGCUUACAUAUUGGACCAUCUCUCCGAUACCAGAAGAAGAGCUUAUUUUCCAUGAUCUUGAUCUUAUUGCCGCAAAAGCCGCUUUGAGAGAAGAUGGCAUAGAUGAUAUAGCAUAUUUUGCGGCACAUUUACAUGAGCGACCUGUACACCCACCGAUACAAAUCUUCUAUCAUAUCAGGCCUUUAGCUCUCGGUCGGCCUAUCCCUGCAAUGGCAGCAUUUAAUGGUUUUAUUACUACAACUUCACCACCAAUGUUCUAUGCAACUACCUCAGCAAGCCCAAUUGACGCAAAUAUAAGUCCAAAGAUUCGUCAAGAAUUUGCUGAGUCAUGGAUUUUCGAUAACAACGACAUCACCGAUGGCGAAAGUUUCUCACUGACCAAGAAGAUACCUGAUACGAUUACCUCUUGGGUUGUUACUGGCUUUUCCUUGAAUCCCAAGAGUGGUUUUGCGCUCACCGCAGAUCCAACGAAAAUACAAGUUUUCCAACCAUUUUUCGUUUCAACCAAUUUGCCAUAUUCGGUAAAGCGCGGUGAGGUCAUUGCCAUACCUGUCAUCAUUUUCAACUACAUGGAAAAGGCUUUGGACGCAGAGGUAGUCAUGGACAAUACAGACAAAGAGUACGAAUUCGUCGAGGCUACCAAUGAGAUCGAGGAUAAUCCUUUGGAUGAGAUAAAACGCACUAAACGUGUGUCGAUUCCAUCCAAUACUGGCAAGAGCGUCUCCUUUAUGAUACGUCCGAAGAAAGUUGGUCAGGUUACCUUAAAAAUAACAGCCACUACACCGCUAGCUGGCGAUGCUAUUCACCAAUCGCUCAAAGUUGAACCCGAAGGCGUGACACAGUACGAAAAUCGUGCCGUUUUCAUUAAUCUUAAAGAUAAACCAGAACAUAGCGAAAAAUUGAGUAUUGAUGUGCCCACCGAAGCUGUACCCGAUUCCGAGUACAUUGAAUUCUCAGUGGUGGGUGAUUUGUUGGGUCCAACUGUAAAAAAUCUUGAUAAAUUGGUGCGCAUGCCCUAUGGCUGUGGUGAACAAAAUAUGGUGAAUUUUGUACCAAACAUAUUAGUUUUGCGUUACCUGGAAGCUAUCGCACAGAAUAUGCCGGCGAUUAAGGAAAAGGCGAAGAAAUUCCUCGAUAUUGGUUAUCAACGCGAACUAACUUAUAAACAUGAUGAUGGGUCAUACAGUGCCUUCGGUAAAUCUGACAAAUCCGGCAGCACUUGGCUGACCGCAUAUGUGGUACGUUCAUUCCAUCAGGCUGCUAAGUACACUGAUAUUGAUCCCAAAAUUAUUGUUGCGGGAUUGGACUUUUUGGCAUCGAAGCAGGCGCCAAAUGGCAGUUACCCAGAAUAUGGUAAACUGUUUGACUCCGCGCAUCAGAAUGAGUUGGGAUUGACGGCAUUCGUGCUGUUGGCGUUUCUGGAAAAUGAGGAAUACAUACCUAAGUAUCAGGCAGCCAUCGAAAAUGGCCUUAAAUACCUAUUGGACAACGUAGACCAGACGGAUGACCAGUAUGCACUCUCUAUUGCCGCGCUGGCUCUACAAAUUGCCAAGAACCCUAAGGCUGACAAGGUUCUGACCAACCUACAGAGCCUUGCCAAACAAGAGAACGAUCGUAAAUGGUGGUCAAAAGCCGAAGCGCCUAAAAAAGAGGAACCCAUUUGGAGUUGGCAUCCACACAGCAAUGAUGUAGAGAUCACUUCCUAUGUGCUGCUCGCUUUGCUGGACAAGGAAGGUGCCGUGAAUGCUUUGCCCAUUAUCAAAUGGUUAAUAUCUCAGCGCAACAGCAAUGGUGGUUUUGCUUCAACACAAGACACGGUUGUCGGGUUGCAAGCGCUCAUAAGCUUCGCCGAGAAGACCGGCUCUGGUAGUGGUGAAAUGGAUAUCGAUUUUGUUUCAAGCGGCGGCGAAGAGAAUAAAGGCAAUAUUAAAGUGAAUGCGGAAAAUUCGUUGGUAUUGCAAACACAUGUGCUCCCCAAGACCACACGUCAAGUCGAUUUCACCGCCAAGGGCAAAGGUUCAUCUAUGGUACAACUAUCGUAUCGUUACAAUUUAGCUGACAAAGAUAAAAAACCUAGUUUUCAAGUAAAAACAAAUGUUAAAGAUGAUAAAGCAUUAUUAGUUGUUGAAGUUUGUGCCGAGUACGUACCCGACAGCGCUGACGAUGAACAGAAAGAGUCCAAUAUGGCCGUUAUGGAGGUUAGCUUACCAUCCGGUUACACUGCGGAUUCCGAAGGCUUCGAAAGCAUCGAAUCGGUGGAUCGUGUCAAACGCGUCGAAACGAAGAAUUCGGAUUCAACAGUAAUUGUGUACUUUGAUGGUUUAGCGCCACACGAUGCUAAGUGUGUGCCUGUCAAGGCUUCCAGGACACAUGCGGUGGCCAAACAAAAGCCUGCAGCUGUCAAAGUGUAUGACUACUACGAUAUGAAUCGUCAUGCAACCGAAUACUAUCAAGUGCAGUCGUCGCUUUGUGAUAUUUGUGAGGGCGCUGAUUGUGGUACGAAGUGCCAACAAGCGAAUGGGCUUCAACGUGCGCAAUAAAUUUAAUGUAUAAAUAUAAAUAUAUAUAUAUUUUUUUUGUAAUUCAUAUUAUGAAAUGAAAUGUGUGCUAAAUUUUUUGGAAAUUCGUAUAAAUGCGUAAAUUUGUACUAAAGUUACUGAAAACAAAUUUUUGUAAACCAUCAUAAAAAGUGUGUGAAAUAAAGAGAAAUGAAGAUACAAUGAA